CCAAAAGUUGUUUUGACGUCUGAAAAAAUUUUCAUCAGCCUUUCGUGUACGAAAAUAUAAUAUUUUUGCUGAAAAUUCAUUAAGUGAAAAAGUGCUGAAAGUGAUAAUAUUAAGUAAUUCUUUAAUAGUUAAAUAUUAAGAUUUAAAUAGAUUACUUUCUAAUAUUUCAAUGGAAUAGCGUUCAGGCGCUUACUACCCAUGUGAAAUGGCGUUGAAUAUUUUAAGUAAUUACAAGUUAAUUUAUGUGUAAUUAAUAUUCAUAAGCAUACAAAAUGCUAAGUAUAAGAAUAGCAGCAUUCGUACGCUUACGCACAUUAACAACUUUAGCAUUUUUGCUCUGUGUCUGUUCAAAUCAACGUUUGGAGACACAGGCUGAUCGAAUAACACUACUACCUGCAGCUCCGCAUUUACAACAUCAUGCACCAUGCGAUCGUAGUCGUAAGGUGUUCACCGAACCAUACGGAGAAAUCAGUGAUGGUCCAGCUGGUUUCAAUUACACACAGGACUCGCACUGCGAGUGGUUAAUAAAAGCACGCAAUGACAGUCAAUUUAUAACGCUUACCUUCCAUAGCAUGGGUACUGAGUGCUCAUAUGAUUACAUAUAUGUGUAUGAUGGAGAUUCAUUCAACUCAACGCUAUUAGGCAGCUUUAGUGGACGAACGCAACCCCAACGUUUGGUUGCAAGGAGUGGAAGUAUGUUGAUAUUAAUGUAUAGUGACACUAAUUACGUACUUGAUGGUUUUCGAGCUUCAUAUUACAUAUCAAAUUGCUUAAAUAAUUGUCACAACCAUGGGAAAUGUGUUGGUCAUCAAUGCGUAUGUCAUGGGGAAUGGGUGUUACCGGACUGUGAGGACGAGGCAUGUCCAAAUAAGUGCGGUGAGUCGCAUGGGCGUGGUAAAUGCGUCAAAGGUAUAUGCCAUUGUGAAAAGGGUUUCAGUGGCCGAUUAUGCGACUUGUAUAUAAAUCCACCAGGGGGUAAUUGGCGCUGGUUAGCGACAGACGCGGAGGGCAUGGCACCGCGUGCAGCACACACUGCCGUUUAUCUGGAAGAACAAGAUGCUCUUUAUGUUUUUGGAGGCUAUGACUUGAAUAAUGUUAUCGAUUCUCUGCAAAUAUAUCGUUUCGGAAGCAGUCAAUGGGUGGACGAAUGGGGAUUACUAUUGCAAGAUCACAAUUACUCACAAAAAAUAAAUGCAACUUUACUCAAAGCAGUUUUACAGCACAAAAGUGAAGAUGAAGCAAAGCUUUGGGGCUUACGUAGUGAUGUAUCGUUCUUCCGAAAUAUUUUAUAUACGUUAGCAGAAUCAAAUUUGCAUCAAAGACGCACACGUUCAUCACAAUUGAUUGCCGAUGUUAACGCUAACGAUACAAACGAACAAAUUCCUGAAUAUUUCGAAGACAUUUUGGAAGAGGUUACAGAUCAUAAACCUGAAGGCCGUUACGGCCACGCUGCAGAUCAUGUGCCAGGUGGAUUUGUUAUAUUUGGCGGCAAAAAUGGAAAUGGCAGUUUUUUCAAUGAUUUAUGGUUUUACAACAGCACAGAGAGCGGUGGUAAGUGGAAGCAAUGGGCGCGCAAGUCUAAACUGAAACCGCCGAAAGUAGCGCGUCAUACGAUUACAUUAGCUGGCGAAUAUUUAUAUUUGUUUGGCGGCAGUCUUGAAACGGGAGAAUUCUCAUCGAAUGUAUAUCGCAUACGCUUGCCUAUUUACAACAAAAUUAAACCCAUUGAUCGUCCCAUUGGUGAUGAUGAUGAUGAUGAAUUCAACAGCUCGGGCUCUAGAAACGACAAUUCCGAGGAUGAAGACGAUAAUGACGAUGAUGGACAAUGGGAAUUCGUUCAUCCCCGCGGUGGUAAAUCUUUGGACGUGCGUUUGGCAGCACACAGCACGGUUUACUAUAGCGCAACAAACUCUCUAAUCGUUUUUGGCGGCAUUAUGUCAAGCUUGGCUCGUUUCUCAAAGCUAUCAGAUCGAAUUUUUGCAUUCCAAUUAGAUAAAUUACAUUGGACUGAAAUACUUUAUCCACGCACUGCCCUACGUGACACAAACAUUCCACACGAACGCGCUUUUCAUUCCGCCACCAUAUCGGGCAACUAUAUGAUCGUUUUUGGUGGCUACACACAUCGUCAUAAUAAAGAUGAGAUCUGCUAUGAUAAUCAAAUGUAUUGGUAUCAUCUCAGCUGUCAUAUUUGGAUAAACCAAGUAGUAUCGGCGGAAGACAGCUUGUAUCCGAAGAAGCAGGGUGUGUUUGCACAUGCUGCUGCACUCAGACGUAAUAACACAUUACUAAUUGUUGGAGGCUAUCAUGGAAACGUUAAUGCCGAUCUAUUUGCCUACGAACUGCCACAAGUAUUACGUGUACAAAAUCACGGUUAUAACCCAGAAAUGUCUUGUCGUUUACAUACCUCACACACAGCUUGCCUGUCGAAUCCAGAAUGUGGUUGGUGCUCAGCUGAUAGCAGUUGUUAUGGACGUACCAUUGGCGCGAAUUGCACCACAAACUUGCAGACCACACGCUGCCCCGGUAUAUGCCCUUCGCUGGGCGAUUGCCAUUCUUGCCUUGUGCAUGGCACACAGUGGCACUCCGAAACGGAUCAUUACUUCUCUGUCGCGAGCAAAUUGGGACUCAAUGAAUGCACUUGGUGUGUGCAGAAUGCAAAAUGUCAUCAUCGUGAUGACAACUACGGUAUUUGCGGUGAGGACACACCUUCACACAGCCCGGGUUGGUGGGGUGAAAAGGGCACUGAAAUACGUAACCCCUCACAAUGCACCAGCAAUGACAAACGUCCGGGUCUUACAUACAUUAAAUAUCAUCAUCCUGUCAACAUGACAAUGCCCGAUUUUGUUGCUAUAGUCAAUGCGACAAUGGUUGACUUUGGUUCCCCGCCGCCAGCUACUCAAUAUGAGCAAAAGUUGGAGGGCGAAAUGUUGGCGCGUCUACUCGGAUUUGUGCGACCGCAAAAAACUUGGGAAGAACCGUCCGAAAUACAAGUCUGCACUAGUUAUUCCACCGCGAUCCUGCGAGCAGGUUUGAGCAAAAGCUUAGACACACUUAAGGAAUUGACGAGUCGUUCUACAAAUCAAACAUAUUGUGGACCUGUCGAGAUACCCAGUACCGAUCAGCCAUUUCUGAUUGACUUUCAAGCGCGCCGGCGCGUCAGUUACUCUAAUUCAUACAAUGCCUAUCAAAAGACCCGAAUGGAAUUGCAACACAUUUAUCAUGGCAAUCUAAAUGCCUUCACCUUCGAAUAUCUAGAGCCUUACUACUCGGGAAAUUGUAGCCAAUACACCAACUGUCUGCACUGUUUAACCGAUUCCUCGUGCGGUUGGUGCGGCCUGACCUCGACAUGCGUCGAUAAGACUGUUAACGAAACGGAAAUUUGCAAGCGCACCGCCGAUACGGCGCUUACCAAAGGAGGCGCCUACUGGGAGUACCUCAUUACACAGCCUAGUCAGUGUGCAAACUGUUCCAACUAUGUGUCUUGCGAUGAGUGCGUCACAUCAGGCCUUUGCGAAUGGUGGACAGAGGAGGCACGCUGUGCGCGCUUUGGUAAAUCGGAGCAUGGCGUGCGCAACACGUCCAUGUGUCCCGUGCCGUGUCGCCUGCGUACAUCAUGUGAUCAAUGUCUGAAUGAGCGCGGCCGUUGCGUGUGGUGUGAAGCAAGCGCGCAGUGUUUUAGUUUUGCCGUUUACACCAGCGAAUAUCAGUUCGGCAUGUGCCGCGAGUGGCUUGAUCAAAUAAUUGCCAACGAUACACAGCGUAUAACGGACUUUGGACCCGUCGGUCGCGGCGGUACAUCCACGACCAUACAACACCUGCCGAAAUUUCCACAAAAACAACCCGCUGCACAAUGUAAAUCCUGCGCUCUGUUUAACAACUGUUCGUCCUGUCUACGUACACUUAGCUGUGGUUGGUGCUUUGACCGCGACAAUCCAAUCGAAGGUGUUUGCAUGCGAGGCGACUUUAGUCGGCCAUUCGGCAACUGUUCGCUGGCGUUGAAUAGUCCAACGCAGCAUGAUGCCGAGUGGGCAUAUGCGCAGUGUCCGGACGUGGAUGAGUGCGGUCUGGGGUUGCACGAUUGUCACAAAGAGGCUAAAUGCACCAAUACGCACGGCUCAUACAAUUGCCACUGCCGACGAGGUUAUAUUGGUGAUGGCAGACUCUCCUGUGUGCGCACCUGUUACGAGAAUUGCGUGAAUGGCUACUGCUCGGGACCGCCUGAUUUCGUAUGUAAAUGCGAACUGGGUUGGACCGGCACUGACUGCUCCAUCAACUGUGGCUGCAACAAUCAUUCGACGUGCGUGGAACGGGUGGGUAAAUGCGAUCAAUGCCAAGCAUGGACGGAGGGCGAGCGCUGUGAGCGUUGCCGUCAGGGUAGUUACGGUAACGCGACAUCGGCGGGCGGCUGCCAUCCAUGUGAGUGCAACGGCCAUGGCAAUCAGGAUCUCGGCAUUUGCAAUGUGGGGAACGGCGAGUGUUAUUGCAAGGACAACACAGUGGGUUUGAAGUGCGAUCAGUGUGCCAGUGGUUAUUAUGGUGAUCCGCGCGACGGUGGGCAGUGCUACUUUCAGUGUGAGUCGCGCGGCAUGCUCACGAAUAUCGGACGUAGCGGUAUCGGUUCAUAUCAAUCAUAUAAAAAUCCCUGGGGCGCGAGCUUGGAGGUACGCGAAUGUUUGUGGAUUUUAUCACCGAAAACUUUACAAGCGGAAAAAUCGCUGUUGCAAUUAGAGUUUGAAUGGCCGAGUCUUGCAAUGGACUGUGAUGAGAAUGCUGUUUAUAUAUACGACAGCUUGCCCGAUUUGACUGGCGCGACGCAACAAAAUCAACUCAUAUCGGUCGUGUGUUCGCCCUAUACUGCCACACAUAUUGUAGAGGCACGCUCAAGUCACGUAACGGUAUAUUAUAAGCAAGGCGGUGAUCGCCAGAAAUUCGGUUUCAAUGCGCUUUACACAGUGAAAAAUUGCGCAGCGCGCACCUGUCUCCAUCCGCACAUCUGUGAUGAGCAACAGCGCUGCGUUUGCCCGGCCGGUUAUGUAGGCGCCCGUUGUGAGAUUGAAAUAUGUCCGAAGAAUUGUAACGCCAAGCGCAUGCAGGGUUAUUGCGACACCGAUUAUGGGCGCUGUAUAUGCAACAGCAGCUACGCAGGCGCCGACUGUGGCACGCUCGUCAAACCGAACCAUCUAGUUGUUAGUGAUCUUUUUAACACGCUGCUACUGAGCGAUACUUAUGAACACUUGCGUAAGACUAUACCGCGCUUCGGGCACUCAGUGAAUGCUGACAGACGUGGAUCGCUCUGGAUGUUUGGCGGCUACUCGCCCUCACAUGGACCGCUUAAUGAUUUUCGCCAGUUCGACGCGAAGAAUGGCACUUGGAUGCAGGUGACGGUGGAGUCGACACCAGACGACAAAAUGCCUUUGGGUCGUUACUUUCACGCUUCGGAGAUAUAUUUGAAGAAACAAAUCAUUUUCAUUUACGGCGGUAUCAGCAUACGCGGCGAGCAGGAGGAGCGCACUUCACAACUAAUACUCGACGAUUUCUGGCAAUUUUCCAUACAAAACCAACGUUGGAGCGAAAUUGAAUUGCGCGAGCGGCGAGAAAAACCGCCGGCGCUUGCGGGUCAUACGCUGACGCAGAUUCGGUACAAUGAACGUGAGUCACUAAUACUGAUAGGUGGAAUGACGCGCAACAAGUCGCGCCAGCUGGAGUUGUGGGAGUUCAAUUUGGAGACCUUCCACUGGGAGCAACUGCUCGCGCUGGGCGUACGUAUGCCGGUACUCUACGGUCACAGCACCGUAUACAGCUCCGACUCCCAUAUACUCUAUGUAUUUGGUGGAUACUCUGCGGAGCCACAGAAUAAACUGUACGCGCUCAACUUGCAAAAGAUGACUUGGACAGAGCUGCCCACAUUUAAAGAUAUGACGCGUCCUGAUAGUCUAUUACCGCGCGCGCGUUACUUUCAUUCAGCGGCAACGACAGAAAAAUAUAUGGUCGUCUAUGGCGGGCGCACACAUCCUUACGAUGCCAACGAUGUACUCAUCGCCUACAUAUAUGACUGUAAUCAGUGGAUACGUCUGACGGAGGAAGUACAUGUCGUGGGCCGCUUACCGCAUUCAACAUACGCGGAGGCAAUCUCCAUCGACCACGAAAGCAAUGCGAUUUAUGUAAUUGGCGGGUGGGAUGGCAGCGCUGCACAGAGCCAUGUGACGCGCAUUAAUUUGCCCGAUGAUAUUUGCCAGUUGUGGAGUGCCAACAAGUAUUUGUGUCGUCAUCAUAAAGGUUGCAGCUUCUGUACGGUGACAGGCACUUACAGCACUGCCUCUUACUGUUUCUCCGAGGGCGACUCGGCUGUGUGCGAGCAUCAUAACGGCACUUUGAACUACAAUAAUGGUGCUGCUUGUGAUGACGCGUGGAUGGCGCGUCGUAAUUGUUCGACCUUCACUACCUGCAGCGCUUGCCUUGCCUCCUGGCCGACUCACGUAGAAACGACGCCAGUGUGUCAGUGGUGCGACGAGUGUGGUAUCAAAGGACGCUGCGUACCGGCUGGUGUGGACUGUGAACGUCACAGCACUUGGUGUAAUAAAGAAAUCAGUGUCGGCUUAUUGAAUCUCUGCCCACAACCACAAUGCCAUACGCUGCACUGCGAAGCUUGCGUGAUGAAUGAGAACUGUGAAUGGGCACAGAGUGAACUUGGCACGAUUGAAUGCAUUACGAAGGAGCUCGUUGAGCAAAAUCAAUAUCGCAUUAUUGGCGAUUGUCCAAUGCCAUGUCACAUCUACAAAAACUGCAGCACUUGCCUAACGAACUUGGACGAAAACCCGAAAGACUGCAAAUGGUCAACGAUGUUAAACAGCUGCAUCUCGCCACAGUCCCAGCCACUACUCUGUGCUGGUGGCGUUUGCGGCUUAGUCUUGGAGGCGAAUGAGACCUCACAUUGUCCGGAGCCAUGUCACGUGUACGACCACUGUUCGACUUGUUUGGAGCACGCGCAUUGUGGCUGGUGUGCGCGUGAUGGAUUCAAUGGUGAUGGCGUCUGCACAGAAGGUUCGCUUGAGAAUAAGCAAGAAUAUCCGUCCGGUUCGACCUGUGAUCUUAUUUACACAUCGCGUCGCAAUGACUCGCAGUUAACGCCGGCGGAUGUGGUUUCCUGGCACUAUGUUAUAUGUCCUGCCGAGAACGAGUGUAAGAAUGGCCAUCACAACUGCAAUCCCAUUUCGGAGCGCUGCAUCGACACAGAUGUGGGUUACACUUGCCAAUGUGGCGAAGGCUACCGCGAUGAGAACGGUACAUGCUUGCCAGUGUGUAGUCAGGGCUGUGUGCGUGGCAAAUGUAUCAAGCCGGACAACUGCACGUGUGAUUUUGGCUACGUUGGUGCCAACUGUAGUAUACAAUGUUUGUGUAACGGUCAUUCGAACUGCGAAGGUCCGGAUCGCCUUGAUGUGUGCCUGGAAUGCCACAACAACACAAAGGGUGAUCAAUGCGAGAAGUGUAAACCGCUCUAUGUGGGCAAUCCAAAAGAAGGUCACGAAUGUGUACCUUGCCUAGAGUACUGUAAUGGUCAUACCGAUGUCUGCCUGGCACACGACUCUAAUGCAACUUAUUUCAAUAUGACACACACCGAGUUGGAAGAAGUUUUGCUUGAGGGUCCCGAGAAUAAUGCAACUUGUUUGCGUUGUGCGAAUAGCACUGCUGGCGAUCGUUGUGACACUUGUAUUGUUGGCUAUUUCCGUGGUAGUGAAGAUCAUCACAAGGCGUGUCGACCGUGCCAAUGUCAUGGACAUGGCAAUAUUUGCGAUCCGGUGACAGGUGAGAAAUGUAACUGUGGCAAUAAUACGGAGAGCGAUGCCACAUGUACGGCGGGUGGUGGCAAGAACUCGGCGCAACUCUGCUGGAGUGUGCAGUGUUCGAAAUGUCGGGACUCGUAUGCGGGGAAUCCGAUUGAUGGACAUCAAUGCUACAAGCAAAUAACGGUGGAGUCGCGUAUGUGUUUCGACGCUAAGCCAAUUGAGGAAUGCAAAUCGAAACCAGCCGCACUUCGACCGGGACAGACCGUCUUCUUUGUCAUUCAACCGCGUUUCAUGAAUGUGGACAUACGCAUCAUAAUCGAUGUCACACAGGGCGAAUUGGACGUAUUCAUGUCUCCGCAAGAUGACUCAUUCAUUGUGGAAACCAACGAUACGACGGGCUUCCAUGAAAUCUUUCUUGAUAACCGUUACAAUUGGGUACCCAAAACGAAACGUAACCACCCGUUGCACAUAGCGAUGCCACGCACCGACAACAUAACUGCCAGCAAAUUGGUUAUGCAUGACAAACGGAACAGCUUCUAUGUACCGCAUAUACAGGACUGCAAAAGUCACGGUGGUCACAGUUUCCACGUUAAGGAUAAACAUGCCAAGGAUUUGAGCACACAUGUCACAUUGAAUCAUUGCAACACACUGCUACGACUCUUCGGCUUAAAGAAUCGUUUGGUGUUAACGCUGCCACAGAAUGCACACAAUUUAAGUGCAACACGCUUUUUUAUUGCACUACGCGCUGGCGCCGGUCCCGAGCCCAGUUAUGGUUCGGUGGUUUUUCGUCAAGACCAACUACAUAUCGAUUUGUUCGUUUUCUUUUCCGUAUUCUUCUCCUGUUUCUUCCUCUUCCUCGCCGUUUGCGUGGUUGUGUGGAAGGUGAAGCAAGCGGCCGAUUUGCGACGUGCUCGACGUCAGCACGUCGUCGAAAUGUUGCAUUUAGCAAAGCGUCCAUUUGCGCGCGUCUUCCUCACAGCCGGCGCACUGGAUAUAGAAAGUCCACAGCCAGCACCAUCAUCAGCGCGUUCAGUGCGCAAUAUAACGGGUACGCGUUCGCGUCAUACAACCGGUGCACAUACGUCUGAAAUUUUACUAAUCACAAUCGAACCGACUGCUGAUAACUUGGCGGCAGUGGGCACAGUGUUCAUCAGUCUACCGGGAAGGCAUAAAGCGCCGCUGAGCAUGGCGCUAGGUUCGGCUUUAAUAACAUAUCCGCGACAAUUUCCAUUGAAUGCACGUAAUUUCAUGCGUACGCAACGCGGUGGUGGUGGUGGUGGUGGUGUUGGUGCCGUUGGAAGUGGUGGAACUGGUGUUGGCGGUGGUGCGGCUAUUGUGGGCCAUCAAGUGGCGGCGUAAGUGAGUAAUGUCAACCACCCGAGUGUAUUUCUGAUAUGAAAUCAACGAUCCUCAUAAGAGACUCCAUCAAGUGUUUGAAGGCGGCUUAGUGUACACUGUAGGUCCCUCAAUUUGUUGGAAGGGCAUCAAGACGUAUACAACGAAGUGCAAGACCAGCUUGACCAAAAUCACUGCAGCAAUUAUUUAUAUACGUAUGUAUAUAGUAUAUUUUAUACUCGCUUAACCACAUUUUUAGUACAGAAUUAUCCGCUUUGUAUUUUCUUGUCAUAUUAACAUUGAAUUUAAAAAUUAUUUAUAUUGAGUAAAAGCUAAAUAUGUAUGUAUAUAUGCCACUUCCGAUGACUUCCGUUGAAUUUCCUCGUAUUUAACAGAACACACGUUUUCAAUUUGAAUGAAGCAAAUUUCUUUCUGUUUUUUUUGCCUACAAGCAACAGGGUUGUUAUUUUUAUUAAACCUUAGGUGUAGUUUACAUUUAUGUGUAAACUACAAAUAUUCAAUAUUACUUUAACGGUGCACAUGACUUUUUUUUUUUUUAAAGUGGCAACGAAUGUUUCACUAAACUAAUACAAAGUUACAGCCAUCAGUUGCAUUGACAACGAAGAUAAAUCUAAAACAAAACACAAAACACAUACAUAGAUAUAGAAAGCAUUGAUCAAACGUAAAAUAUCUCGAAUCGUUAGACUAUUGAUUUGUUGGUUUUUAUAGCAUAGAUAGAAAUAACAUAAAACUAUUUGGAAAAUUAUUGUAUUCAAAAACUGGACUUCUGAGAAACUACUGCAUUUUAUGACCAGUGUAAUUUUCAAAAAAAAAAAAAAAAAAAAA